GACGUCGAGCUUCAUGACACCGUUCUCUUAGCAGGCAUAUCCCGGGAUCUAGAGACACAGUGGCCCAAGGUCGUCAAAUCUUUACCGAAAGGCGAGAGGGAUAGCAUUCCCUCUAAACCCGAUAUUCGAACGUUUGGCAGACUUUUCAAUCAAGCGCGAGACAAGCUCAAUGCCAAAUCGAGCACAAGAUCUGGCAAGAUCAAGUCUUGGUUUGUCGGAGUGGCGGAAACUAUCAAUAGCCACAAAUACUUGCUCAAACUUCUACCUGAAGGAGACAAAUACACCUCAGUCUUGGUUGGCUCUUUCACACUGCUGAUCCAGGUUGCGGUGACGUACAGUGACACUGCAGAAAACGUAUCCGAAUGCCUAGAACGCCUUUCAAGCCAAGUGUCGCUUCUCAGAAACGCCCUCGGGGCAAAUCCCCGUCGCCAGUAUAUCAGGUGGCAAGUCAGCAAGUUCUAUUGCCACUUGUUCCAAUUUCUCGUAUUUAUCUUGACCGAGUGGCUUUCAUCCUCCUCAAAACGCUUCUUCAACAGUUUUGGAGACGGUCUUUUAAGCGCCUGCGAUACAGCAGUCAGGAAGAUGACCGCCUGCAAAGACGAUAUCAUGCACAGCAUUAUUCUCAUUCAGCAGAGUACUAUUGAUGACAUGAAUGCAAAGCUUGACCGGCUCGGAAGUCUUGUCCAGGCCAGUAUGGUUGGCGCCGCUGUCGAUCGAUCUAGACUGUGCGACGCUCCGAGGGUUUCUUCGCUAACUGAAGUGGCGUCAUUCAAGACUUUACCACAAAGUCAGGAUACUACCGCAAAAUCCGGGAGCAAAGAAGAUAGCACGUCUGAAGGUUCUAACAAGCGAUGUCAUUCCAGUAGCGGUAAGGAAAUAGUUGAGCCGGAGAUGCUUGAAGAUGAACUCAGCGACGAGAGGGAUCUCUGGACAUUGGAAAAAACCCAGGAGUCCCUGAAGCACUUGGAGACAUUCCAUCAGGUUGCUCAUAUUGCAUCUCUGACGUCCCCAUUGAAGCAAGUGUUCGUGAGUGCAGAGAAGCGGGCUUAUCUCGUGAAGCUAGUCUCUUCGAGGCGAUCGGUAGCUCUCUGGAUUGAAGUGCCCGACGACGACGAACCGCCUUCGCACGCGACUUUGCUAGCAGCCCAAAUGGUUCACGAUCUCAGUCAGCUGAAUAUUCCCAGCCUCUGUCACUUCAUCCAUCGACCUAAAAGCGCAUCUUUGGACCGCGAACGGGCGCUCUUAGAGAUGGUGUACUCCCUGGUCUACCAGAUAUCCCGGGCUCUUCCUGAGCAUGCGCAUUUCGAGGCAGGUGUUGUCGAAAAAGUCAAAUCGAUUCCUCCGAUCCCGCAGACCCGUUCCGAGGUGACCCGCAGCUUAGCUCCAGCGAUCAACCUACUUGAGUCCUUGUUGGAAUAUCUUCCCCCGCUGUUGUUCUGUGUAGUAGACGGGUUUCAGCUUCUCGUGAGAAAGUCGAACUCUCCGGAGAUGAAAGCAGCCACCAAGCAGUUCGUCGCUUGUAUCUGCGAGGCAGCAACGCGCCAGCUCACAGAUCAGCCGUCGAUUUUCAAAUCGCUUUGGACCACGGAUGGGCCCUGCAGGGACUUACAGCAAGCUAGAAAGAGCCGAGCUCUGGCACAUUUGGGAUACGAGGACGAUGAAGAAUUUGAGUCAAUGGCUCUUCGUGGUAGAGAGAUGUCGCCACUGACAGAGGGGUAA